AGAAGAGCCAAAGUAUGUUUAUUGAAUUAAAUUGUUCGAUGCGUGUCGAUUCAUGUAUAAUAUAGACCAAUAUUUUGCGCCGAUAACUCAGUCCACGUCAUUCUAGACCCCUUAAUAAUGCUUCCAACAUAGUUGUCGUUUCGAGAACGAAGUCUCGAGAAAUAUAAAUUUAGCAUGGCAGCAUUGAUCCCGGAUGUUCAUAGUGUCAAAGCGAAGGCGUUACAAAUCUUCGCCGAGAAAUUUAACGAACAAGCCGCCAUCUGCGUGUACGCACCGGGUCGUGUUAAUCUCAUCGGCGAGCACACCGAUUACAAUGAGGGCUUUGUGUUGCCAAUGGCGUUACCGAUGAUCACGGUGAUAGCCGGGAAAUCUCACGAUGGCCAAAAAACCAAAAUUAUUUCUUUGAGCGACGUAGUCGACGCUACGAACGAGUUCGAAUUUGAAGCAGGAAAGCGAGCUGAUAUAAAACCGGGGGAGCCAAAGUGGGCCAACUAUAUAAAAGGAUGCAUCGCCAAUUUUAUUUGCGAAGUUCCUGCGUUUAAAGCUGUGAUUAUAUCGACUGUACCGGCGGGCGCUGGUCUUAGCAGUUCGGCGGCUCUAGAAGUAGCAACAUAUACUUUUUUAGAGACUUUGAGCGGGAAGAAACCGGAGAAACCAGAACAGAAGGCUUUGGCAUGUCAAAAAGCGGAGCACGACUUUGCUGGAGUGCCUUGCGGUAUAAUGGACCAGUUCAUCUCGGUAAUGGGCAAGGAAGGCUGCGCUCUUCUACUUGACUGCCGAGAUCUCACUAUUAAGCAGAUACCCAUGGUACAUAUAGACGACUAUAUCUUUCUCAUAACAAACUCGAACGCGCCGCACAAGUUGAGCUCGAGUGCUUACUGUGAGCGCCGAGAUUGUUGUUAUGAAGCUGCUAAAAUGCUAGGCAAGAAGAGCUUGAGAGACGCGGAUAUGAAAGAUAUCUUAGCGUUAAUAUCACGGAAUAUCGUGUCCGAUUCUGUUGUGAAAAGAGCUCGUCACGUAGUCACGGAAAUUCAACGUACCCAAGACGCUGCAAUAGCGCUCGAAAAAGGCGACUUUCAGUUAUUCGGCCAAUUAAUGAACGAGAGUCACGAUUCAUUGCGCGAUGAUUACGAAGUUUCGUCCAAGGAGCUUGAUUCACUUGUUUCGGCGGCUAGAGAAGUGGAUGGUGUGUUAGGAAGUCGUUUGACAGGCGCGGGUUUCGGUGGUUGCACUGUCACUUUGUUGAAAAAAGAUGCGGUUAAUAAGGCGAUCCAACAUAUGAAAGCAAGAUAUUCUGGUGUACCUGUAUUCUACAUAGCGACGCCGUCCGGAGGUGCACGAGAAGUCGACGUGAAUUAAUUGCGGUGAAAUCGGCUGCUUGGAUAUGCGUGGAAUCUAUUACAACGGGCAUAGCGGUUCCCUCUCGCAAUCCUUGCUUACUAAUGACGGCUCGUACGUAUUCGACACUUGGAAAUACCAGACUUCGAUCCGGAGUUAUUACAAGAUAUUCA